GAGCAAAACCAAACCAAAAUGAGAAAAAAAAAAAAAAGGAACAGGAAUUAAACACUCAGAGAACUAAUCCAGCACAAUUCCAGUAAGGUACAGAUCCAGUGUAAGUAUUUCUGGGGAGUAGCUUUGGAUGUGUAUUAGAUAAAAUAAACAACAUGUUAAAUUCUGGGUGGACAGUGCCUGUGACACAACAAUUAAAGGCAGUCAGAAAUUGGGAGGGUUUGAAUUGAAAUUGGGAGGUCCUUGCUUUACAUGUGCUGUCCAGACUCAAUUCCACUGCAAUUUAAAAGUGACGAUUAAUUAACAAUACAAUAACGGCGAUAAUUAAGAGUUUCAUUAAUGUAAAACUGUCCUCAAGGAGCCCUUGGAGCCUCACUGGAUGGAGGGAGGAUACCUACCACAUGGCUUGUUUUCCCCAGUAUAUUAAUUCUUGCAGGAAAAAGUAAGAAGCCAGUUUGUAAAUACUGGAAAUAAAAUAGUUGAAGUUUGUUGUAUAAAACUUUAAAACAUAAAACCCUAUGGUGAACUACACCUGCAGUUUAAAAUUGCUGCUUUUGGCAGCAAAUUAGUUCUCUCCCAGCAUGAGCAAUUUAUUCCUGAUCUGACUGAUAAAAGAAGGCAAUAAAGCUACAUGAACACUAAAUGACUCCUAUUUCCUGAGGAGAAAUGAGUCUGUUCCCAUGAUACAUUAAAGAUAACUUUGUUGUUCCUGUUGGAAUAUUUUUUCCAUAGUCAUUGAUAGUUCUCUGACUUGUGCACUUGCAACAGGUCAUGAAGAUUUUUGUGAAUUAUGGAUUAAAGAGACAUUCUGUGGUGGAUGGAAAUCAACUUUCUUGCCUUUGCUAAGAAUGUCUGUAACUGUAGCCUAAAUUCAUUAAAUUUAAUUUAAAUCUAAUUUGAUUUAAUAUGAAGGGCAGUACUGAGGAGAACUUCAUGUUCAGGUGGGUUGUGUGAUGGAAGAAGGAUCUGUUUGCCUAAGGAAGGGCAGCAUAUUUACUUAAUUGCUUGCAGAGUCCUUGUCUUGCCUGGAACUACCCAAAACAAACAAGUUACUAAAGAUUUAUUGAAGUAAGAAACAAGUUACUAAAUACUUAUUGAUCAGAGGAAUUAAUUACUGUUUGUACUACUGCGAAUAAUCCUCUGAAAAUAUUUUUAAAAUACAGCCAACAUCUAAUUUGUUGUAUGUUUGUAAGAACUAUUUUUUCCUCAUGGCUGUUCUUUAAUGUGUCAUUGGUGGCUCAAGCUGUGUUCUUUGAACUCUGUGCAAGUUAUUUUAUGGUAUUUGAGGUCCUAACGAGUGUUGCUUACAUCUGGAUGGAACCUUCCGCGAAGCAAGAUGUGUUCUUUAAAAUAAUCCUGAUGCUUUUUCUCUCUUAAAGCCGCUUCAGGUUUACAGCGGAGUCACCUGGGUGCAGGUUAUACCUUAUCCUUACCCCCGUGGCUUAAAAACACAUGACAUUGGGAAUCCUCACUGCGUUCCAUGCCAGGGAUGGAUUUCACGGAAGCCUAUUCCGACCGGUGCUCGGCCGUGGGCCUUGCGGCCAGAGAAGGAAACGUUGAGAUACUGAGGGAGUUGAUCAGUCGGGGAUACAGCGUCGAUGUCCCGGAUAACAGGAGGUGGUUGCCCAUCCACGAAGCGGCAGCGCACAAUUCCAGUGAGUGCCUGAAGCUGCUCAUUGAUACAGCUCCAGCCGAUGACUACAUCCACUCGAGGACGUUUGAAGGGAUGUGUGCUCUGCACCUCUCGGCCCGUCACGGCUCUGUGGAAUGUCUCCGGGUUCUCCUGGAAGCUGGGGCUGACCUCGACAACGUCACCACCGAAUCUGCCACCACUCCACUCUUCCUAGCUGUUGAAAAUAAGCAUGCAGAGGUUGUAAAGUUCCUGCUCCAACACGGAGCAAAUAUUGAAGGUUCUCAUUCAUGGUCUGGAUGGAAUUCUUUGCACCAAGCUUCCUUUCAGGGCUCCACUGACAUAAUGCAGAUGCUCCUGGAGAAAGGGGCCAGCAAGGACUGUCGUGAUGACUUUGGAAUCACCCCUCUGUUUGUGGCUGCUCAAUAUGGCCAGCUGGAGAGCCUGCGGCUGCUCCUGUCCCACGGUGCAGACGUCAACUGCCAGGCCAAGGACAGGGCCACUCCCCUGCUGAUUGCUGCGCAGGAGGGACACCUGGAGUGUGUGAAGCUGCUGCUGACUGCAGGGGCAGACCCAAACCUCUACUGCAACGAGGAUAACUGGCAGUUACCCAUCCAUGCAGCAGCUGAGAUGGGCCAUGCAAAGAUCCUGGAGCUGCUGAUUCCAGUCACUGACCGGCUCUGUGACAAGGGCGAGGGCAAAGUGAGCCCCGUGUACUCGGCGCUGUACGGCGGCGACGGGGAGUGCCUGGAGAUGCUGCUCAAGCAGGGCUUCAGCCCAGAUGCUCAGGAGUGCCUGGACUUUGGCUGCAGGUCCCCCAUGUGCAUGAUUUUCCAAAAGCAGUAUUAUCAGUUCAUUGAUGUCCUUCUGAAAUACGGCAUCACCCUGCGUGGGAUCAACUUGGCACACUGCCUGUGCCAUAAGAAGUUUGCUCUGUUCCGGCGCUUCCUGAGGUUCGGCUGUUCCCUGCCCUCGGAGGAGGAAUUAACAGACUUCAUCCUCUACAGCAGCACGGUGCAGAAGGAAUACAAGGAAUGGCUGCCCUGCCUGCUCCUGGCUGGCUUCAACCCCGUGAAUUUCAUGUGCAGGUUCUGGAUUUUCUCCAUGAGUGAGGAUGUCCUUAAUUUUGUCCUGGAGUUCAUGAAUUGGAGCAGACUUCCUCCAAUUGUGGAGCAACACCUUUCCCAAUACAAGGAGAAGUUCACUUGGACUUCCAAGAGCCAUUUUGCCUUCCUUCCUUCCCUGUCCCAUCUGUGCCGCCUGGAGAUCCGGUCCCUGCUGGGGAGCGAGCGCCUGCGCUCGGAGCGCGUGAUCCGGGAACUGCCGCUGCCAGCCUGCCUCCAGGACUACCUGCUCUACCUGGAUGUGCUGCGAGCCAACAGUGUCCCAGAGCUGCAGGAUUGCCUGGAGCAGGGAGAGGAGGGAGCUCCUUCCAGUCACUCCGAGGCGGAGCAUACGGAAGAGGGACAGCAGUGACGGCGGUGCUCCGUGACGGCGGUGCCAGUGCCUGGACUCUGCAGCUGCAGGUUUUGUAAUGGGAAUCAGGAGACACGGGAGGAGAACUGCUGUAAAUGUCUGUUCUCCUCCCGUGUAAUCAUUCUUUUCAUGCUGUAGUUUUGUACUACAUCUAGAAAUUUCCUAUGGGCUCUAUGAUUUGCUUGUUUAAAAUCUGUUGUAGCUCCGUAAGUGAACAUUUUCUGUUUCUUUUCUAACUCUUGGGAAGUAAAAUGAGCUUUUUCAGUGAACACAGCUUACAGAGUAGUCAAAAUCUGUCCAUUGACACUUUAUUCCAAAUACAGUAUUUACCAAAUGAAA